CAAACUAUUCUUUUUAGUCCGUUCUCUGGACCGGUUGCCAUCUUGAUUCUUUUUCCGUUUCACCUCUUCCUGCCUGGCCUGUUCUGUGCUCUGAGUGGCACAUGAAGCCAAACAUUACGACUUCCGGUCAUGCUUCCGGUUGCAGGGGAAUGAACGCAAAAUAGUACGUUAUGUUCGUACUUAUCAACCCUCCUAUUUUCACUGCAGUCCCAGUAGGGAAGCCCAGACUUCCUCCAGCUCCACCGGGAGGACACCAAGGCGUUCCCAGGCCAGCUGUGAGACAUAAUCCCUCCAGCAUGUCCUAGGUCUGCCCCGGGGCCUUCUCCCGGCUGGGCAUGCCGGGAACACCUCACCAGGGAGGUGUCCGGGAGGCAUCCGGACUAGAUGCCCGAGCCACCUCAACUGGCUCCUCUCGAUGUGAAGGAGCAGCGGCUCUACUCUCUACUGCAAUCUACCAGGCUGGAGCUAUCACAGCAUCCGUGUUCUCAACAACAUCCAGAAGUGUGACUCUGAAAUGGAGCAGGUAUCCUGGAGCCAGCUCAUACCUGGUCACAGUGCACGAAAAAUCCUCGUCAAACGUGAUUGCUUUUGCACAGUUUGGUGCAAACACGGUGAUGGGCACUGUCACCUCUCUGUCUCCAAACACUGUGUAUGACUUCACGGUUGAAGCUUUGGAUAGUAGCCAACAAAGUCUGGAUGUUAUAGUUGUUGAGUCAUCAACAGCACCUCCGCUAAUGGAUCCCAUCCAGAAAGUCAAGCCAAAGGACAGUGAGACCUUAAUAGUUGAAUUUAACUUGGUUACUGGAGCAACACAUUACAUCUUACGGAUCCAAAGUUCUGGUGGGUUUUAUAGAGAAGACACAGUUUAUUCCUCCCCUGCUGAGAUCAGUUCCCUCACACCGUACACUGAGUACACGCUGAGCAUCAUGGCGGUGAAUAGCGGAGGCCGCAACCAGCCGUCUCCUUCUGUGACUGGAAAGACAGUUUUGGCGCCUCUUGAGCUCUAUGCGUCAUCUCCCACUAACGACAGCAUUGUUGUAUCCUGGGACCCCAUUGACAAUGCUGUCCGGUACACCUUAUCCAUGUACGAGGUUGGCUCCAACAACACCAUAGAACAGAACACCACCAGCACCAAUUUGACCAUCUCUGGACUGGAAGCUGGCACACUCUACAUAAUCAUGGGCUACGGCUGGGAUCCUGAACAGAGAAAGGGAGAGGGAAGUGUUUACAUCAACCAGACCACACGGCCUCCAAUGCCAGUUUCCAUUCAAGUCUCUGUGGUGAGGAGUGAUGACCUGGCUGCACUGUCUGUCUCCUGGGAAUUCAAUCAGAAGGUUUAUGGGCACAUUGAGUACCAUGUGAUGAGUGAUGAGAACCGUACUUGUAACACCACCUCAAGCUCCUGCAGCCUGUCAUCAGUGGGCUGUGGAGAAAUGCACACUAUCCAGGUUACUGCUUCCAAUGAGGCCAGGCCCGGCUAUCCAUCUAGCCCCUUUGUCUUCAUCACCUUUCCCUGCCCACCUGAAUCUUUAGCGAUGGUGGAGUCUGUGGAAGCAAACUGCACUAUGUCUUGGGAUAUGGCACCUUAUGCUGACAGCUACAUGGCCUACAUAAAGAGAGGUGAUGGUAGUGAGGAGACAUGCAACACCACCGGCAACAACUGCACCUUCCACUGCCAAUGUGGCUACACACACCUGAUGUCGGUGUUCGCCUUCAACGACGCGGGCCCCAGUCCUCCAGGACCACUAAUCAACUACACCACAUUGCCCUGUUGUCCAGAGGACGUGUCCGUCUCCCUGGUGAGCACAGAAACUCUGGAGAUCACAUGGAUGGCAUCAAUGGGGGCAGAUCUGUACGAGACUCGGGCAGCAGAUAAUUCAGAGGUCAUCCUGUGCAACGACACAGCACCGGUGUGCGCCCUCUCUGACCUCAGCUGUGAUAGUCCCUACAGUGUGGUUGUGACACCCUGCAAUGAUAUCAGCGGUUGUAAUCGUGCAUGCCAAGCUCACACUAAAGACACAGCUCCUUGCAUGCCGAUGAAUAUGCAGCUUCAUCAGAAAAACUCUUCCUGUAUCACUGUAAGCUGGACGGCAGACAACCGUGCUGCCAAUUACAGUGUAAGCGCAGUCGGAGUAGAGGGCAUACACACCUGCAUGUCCAGUGGAAGUAGCUGUGACAUCACAGGUCUUCCUUGUGGAUCCAUUUAUGAGGUGACCGCCAUAGCAAAAAGCGCUGCAGGACAGAGUUUACCCAGCUACUCUGAAACAUUAGAAACAGAACCCUGUUGUCCAGUCAAUCUCACUGUGGACCAGGCCACUCAAGCGAUGACGAACCUCUCAUGGUCUCACGCUAGAGAUGCUUACUCAUUCAUGGCCUCUUUGACAUCUCCGCGUGGUGACGCCAGAUGCCACACCCAGGACUCCCACUGCCUCAUGGGAUGCAUCACCUGUGGCACAAACUACACAGUCACCAUGGAGGUUUAUAGCCACAGUGGACGCAGUGCCAACUGCACCUAUGAGGGCUUCUCAUCCAGUGCAUGUUGUCCAUCAGGUGUCAGGCUGUACAAGAUGGCUGGAAACUCGCUGCGGCUGCAUUGGCGCACCACUGGCAGCAGCCACUAUUACAUAGCUGAGAUGCUAGGCAGCAAUAACUACACUUGCACAUCUGCAGGGGAGAGCAGCUGCGAAGUUGCAAACGUCCAAUGUGGGGAAAUGUAUCACGUAGUGGUAUCCCCACUGACAGCGGACGGAAGUAAAGUCUCAUUCUGUCCUCAGAGGCUUUACUCAGUCACAUGCUCAGGAAGUGAUGUUGGCACAGUGCUUUAUAGAGGCAAGAGAAGUGUGGAUGAGCAGAUGCCCGCUGUCAUAUAAUGCAGCAAGUUCAAUGUUCAUCAUCAUCGCCGUCCACCAGCAACAUCCAUCCUCCUCCUCUGAAUGCAAAUGAGAUCAGCGAGUUGUAAACUUGUCAUUUGUCCAUGAAAUGUAGUGUUGCAAACAUCCCUAAUUAUCCUCACAUACAGUAAAAUGACCAACCACUCAGCAAUCAGACCCAGUCAAUCAUUUUAAUAUGAUGAAGUAAAGAUGGGUAUAUUUGCCAUGCAACUGUUUUUCUUUGCCAAGAAGAUACAGCCAGGUCCAGAUGUGUUGGAAGAUAGCAGAGUUUUUAUCAUUUUGCUGUUCUACACCUAUGGGUUGAAAUUAAAACAGCCAAUGUCAUUGAAGUAUAGACUUUCAGCUUUAAUUUAAGAGGGUUCACAAACUGCAUUUACGUUUAAGAGUUACAGUGCUGUACAGUACAUACAGUUUAAACAGAAAACCUCCAUCGCUGGGCCUCAGCAGUAUUUGGACAAAGUGGCAUUAUUGUAAUACAAUCAUUAUUUUUCACAUUGAAUGCAAAUCAUUGGCACCAUGGAGUUCAGCAAAUGAAGUGAAUGGCACCAAAG